AUGAGUCUACGGAAGCAAAGCCCUAGUGACUUCUUAAAGCAAAUCAUUGGAAGGCCAGUUGUAGUAAAAUUAAAUUCUGGAGUAGAUUAUCAAGGGGUCCCGGCUUGCUUGGAUGGCUAUAUGAACAUAGCCCUGGAGCAGACAGAGGAAUAUCUAAAUGGACAGCUGAAGAACAAAUACGGGGACGCAUUUAUCAGAGGAAAAAUUGUGUUGUACAUCAGCACCCAGAAGAGAAGAAUGUGA